AUGGUUGUGGCAACAAUUAAGUGUGUUGUCGUCGGUGACGGUGCCGUGGGCAAGACCUGCCUUCUGAUUUCCUACACGACCAACAAGUUCCCUUCGGAAUAUGUUCCCACCGUAUUCGACAACUAUGCCGUCACGGUCAUGAUUGGCGACGAGCCGUACACUCUGGGAUUGUUUGAUACCGCCGGUCAGGAGGAUUACGAUCGUCUCCGUCCCCUUUCCUACCCUCAGACGGAUGUCUUCCUCGUUUGCUUUUCGGUCACCUCCCCUGCCUCCUUCGAGAACGUCCGCGAGAAGUGGUUCCCCGAGGUGCACCACCACUGCCCCGGUGUUCCCUGCCUGAUUGUGGGCACCCAAACCGAUCUUCGGGAGGACUCCACUGUCCGCGAGAAGCUGGCCCGCCAGAAGAUGCAACCGAUUCGCAAGGAGGAUGGUGACCGGAUGGCCAAGGAACUGGGUGCCGUCAAAUACGUGGAGUGCUCCGCUCUCACGCAGUACAAGCUCAAGGACGUGUUUGACGAGGCGAUUGUUGCCGCGCUCGAGCCUGCCCCUAAGAAGUCGAAGAAGUGCGUCCUGCUGUAA